AUGGCCGAACCCACCGACACGUCGCGAGACACCACCGCCCCCGUCCGCGAAGACCCCUCGCGCGCGAAUCCGCCUAAGUCCCCGCCGACGCAUUCGCCGCACCCGCUCCAGGCCGCCGCCGUCAUCACGUCCCUUGAAUCCCGCCUCGCAGAAUCGGAAGCCCUGCGCCGCGACUCGGAGACACGCAUCCGCAAAUUGGAGCAGAUGGUGGAACGAUUGAUGAGAGAAUCCACCGCACUUGCUGGGGCGCAGGUCGGGGAGGCUCUGCCGGUGAGACCGGUCCCCCUGGACGUCCCCCCGCACACAUUUUUGGGACGCCCGGGAGCUGCCGCUGACCCCCUUGCUCGUACCCCUGGGGGGGAAUCUCACAGCGGAAUUAGGGACGGCCCUUCCUCGGCGGUGAUUAGCUCUCGUUGGAGAGGGACAUUGCCGGACCGGGAAGGGUUAUGGACCGGAGAUCAUCCGGAAAGGUUGGUGAUUUUCACUGCGUUUGGGGAGUCGUAUCUUUCUCUCUUGUGCGACAUCUCCACCUCCGACCUUUUCGACACGAGCCGAGUGAUCCAGCUUGUGGCGACGCUAUUUUUUCGUACGACAACCCGACAGCGCCGCCAAUCCCCGCUCGAUUGGGCCGUCGAGGCGAUGAGGGACGCGCUUGGAGAAGGGCGCCCUCAUUGUUGGACGUCGCUCAUGAAGGCAGUGGGACGUCGUUGGCCCGACCCCGGGUUCGCCGAUAGAGUGGCUCAAGACUUCCACGGAUGUCGCCAGUCGUCGUCUCGGGCUUACGACCAUGUCGGGGAGUGGCGGGCGCGGUACCGUGCCUUCGUGCACGACAACGAUAGUUUCACCCUGUCGCCGCUUCAGCUCGCCACGACCUUCUACCAAUCGCUCAGUGACUCCUCCAAGCGGGAAGUGCGGGCGGGAAUGUUACGUGAAUACCACGACAACUCGCUGGUGACAAUUGGGCGAUUCGGACUGAAGGUCCCGUCCAUCGACGAGAUUACCGAGUGGGCCGCUAUCGCCGACGACAUUUCUCCUCCGCCUUCGGUUCCGACCCCACCAAGCCGCACCGCGACCUAUGGCGCGAUCGUCAAAGCUCCCCGAGUGAGCCCACCUGCGACCAACACGCCCACCGUCGACGAGAGGUUCCAGAUCCGACGAGCUCGAUGGGUCGACCGCGCUACUAAGUGGCAGCAAUCGCACUUGUGGAAGGACCGCUCCACCUGGUUUUCCCCGGCGCCCAGCGGGGUACCCACCAGCAUGGCUUGCUUCAACUGCGGACGAGGCGGUCAUUUCUCGCAGCACUGCACCGCGGAGCGUCAAUCCCCGGUCGCCGUCCAACUCUCAGCGGUCGCUGUGGCCGACUUGGAUGACGAAGAGUGGUCCUCGGUCGCAGGUGGUGACGAGGAUCCCGAGGUGAGAGUCCCCAUUUCACUCGAGCGUGUUCAGACUCGACCUUUGAGUUCCGUUUCCGCUUCAAUGACGCGCCCUUCUUGCCCUCCCGCAGACCCCGUUGGCCGAAUGAAAGAAGGGGCUUCUUCUUCAGUCGACGUCGAAGUCUCAUCAAGUAAUCCGCAGCCAACCGCGCCGGCAAGUGAUGCAGAUCUACGUCGUCUUGCCGAUGACUCGACCGACUCUGCGUUUGACGCGGUGGAAGACGUCCCCUCUUAUGCUGAUGCCGCGUCGCGAAUGCGGCGAUACUGGGGGCCGGAGGUGGUGUCGUCGCGCAAAGCGGAGAGGACUGCAUCGGUGAGCUCUGUUCGUGUUCCGGUGCCGUUGGGGGUUUCUCUCUUGGAGUCCGACACGCCCCUGAUCGACGUCGACGACUUCGCCCGACCCGCCGUGUCAGGAGCACAGCCUGCACUGCCAUCAAUACUCGAAGGAAGUCUCCCAAGUUUGCGGCCGGAGUCGACAUCAGCUACCGGUUUGUUCGUUGCAAGCAUUGUCGGCGCGAUGGUGUAGUCGUGAGGGCGCGCGGGCGCGCACUCAGUGGUCGAGGGUUCGAUCCGCCCGGAGCGUGAUCUGCCUUUUGGUUUCUUUUCCUUUUUGUUAUCCGAGGCCCGGCUUCGGGGUUUUUACCGGUGCCUUGCAGGCAAUCCUUUUUACCCCUGAAGCGACCUCGUGGUGUAGUUAUUUGAUUCAGUCUUUCCUUCGCUCGGAGCACUUCCCUCCUUUUGCUUUUGCCACCCUUCCCCUAGAGCUUGGUCCACUCAUUAUCAUGACUCGUACCCUCCCUCUUUUUACCCAUUUCGCUGGCAAUUAAGUCCGUUACACUUGAUUUGCUGCGAAGCCUUCCGACCGAAUCCACUCCUCGGUUGCUCUCGGUCGACUGCCGCCGCCCAGCCGACUCGACCUUCCCAUCGGCCUGGUCAGCUAUUUCUUGGAUCGUUUGCCCUUCCUCUUUUGUCCGACCUCGUUGGCCACCAUAGUCCGGUACACUGGACUUGCUGCGAGCCUUGCAGCCGCGUAUCCUCCGCGGUUGCCUCUCGGUCGACUUCCGCCGCCCAGCCGACUCGACCUUCCCACCGGCCUGGUCAGCUAUUUCUUGGAUCGUUUGCCCUCCCUCUUCUGUCCGACCUCGUUGGCUACCAUAGUCCGGUACACUGGACUUGCUGCGAGCCUUGCAGCCGCGUAUCCUCCGCGGUUGCCUCUCGGUCGACUGCCGCCGCCUCGGUCGACACCCCUUUCGCUCCUUCGCGCUUUCGCGCGCUCUCUCGCUCUCUCCCUCGUCUCUCGCGUGUAGUCAUCGUCACCCCCUCCGACGUUGCCUGUCACGCCGAGCCCGCGAUUGUGCGCGCCCGCAAUAUUAUUGCGUGGACGUUGCCGUCUGGGCGAACGCUGCGUUGCCUCGUCGACUCUGGUUCGGAAGUGGACUUGGUGGAUCAGGAUGUCGUGCGAACAGACCCGAGUUUCACGACGUCCCGCCUUACCGCGCCGCUGCACUUGCGCCUCGGCACUCGCGACAAAUCUGACCGCUGCGCCGUGUUUGCCAACGCCCUCUUCACGUCCGGUUCCCUCGACCUCGGCUUGCGGGCGUUUUUCAUUUGCCGUGUGACGGCAUAUGAUGCUAUCCUGGGUUUGCCGUUUCUGAAGGACACCGGCAUGCUGGUAGGCUGGGGCGUCUUCACCGUCGCACGGCCGGGCCCUUCGCAGCCGGUCGCCAAGGGCACUCACGAGUGGGAUCGCGCAGUCACGGUGGCGCCCAUCUGCUCCGGCUCUGCCAUUGGCUACGAUCACCCAGGGUUGCUUCCUGACGACGAGAUCAUUGGCCUCGAGCCGCACAACCCUCUGCUGGAUGUCGUCGACGACCCGGCGCUCGAGGAUUUGUCUGAGUCCGAAGCACGAACACGAUUGGCUGCCUUACUCGAGAAAUACUCUGAUGUGUUCGUAGAUUCGCUCCCAAUGGACCGACUCCCGCCUUAUCGACCCGUCAAUCACGAAAUCCCUUUGAUCGACCCCAACGAGAAGGUCAAGCCGAGGGUCUAUCCCCUUGCCGACAAAUAUCGUAGCCAGUGGGCGGAGCAUUCAGCUAAGUACACUCGCGGUCGCUUCUGGGUUUCUGGUCCGAUCGACUCUGCGGCUCCGGUCUUCGCCAUUCCGAAAAAGAACUCCCAGACCGCUCGCUUUGUGAUCGACCUCCGCGCUCGCAACAGCAACACCGCCAAGCGUUUUUCACCUAUCCCCGACAUGACCAGUGUUCGCUACGAAGUGGCACGUUCGCGCUACCGGUCCAAAUUCGACGUGGCCGCAGCGUUUGAGCAGGUGCGGGUCAUACCCGAGCACGUCGAUCGCACCGGCUUCGCCACGGUCACGGGCACGUACACGUCGCGGGUGAUGCAGUUUGGGGACACCAAUGCGCCCAACACCCUGAACUUGUUGACAUCGGCGAUGUUUCAGCCGUGCCUCUCGUUUGCCAAGAUCUUUUUCGACGAUGUUCACGUCCAUUCCGAUACUCGUCGCGCGCACUUAAGACACAUCGAGAUUUUGCUGAUGACACUGCGACAUUAUCGGUUCUACUUAGGAUCCAACAAAUCCGAGUGGUUCUCAAAGUCGUUAGAUUCCUUGGGCGCGAUCAUCUCCGACGACGGCAUCGAGGUCGACCCGGCCAAGUGGGAGCGUAUCCGACAGUGGCCGACUCCACACAACAAGACCGACGUUCAGCGUUUCCUCGGCACCGUGAAUUGGAUGCGAGAUCACCUGCCCCACCUCUCGAUCACCUUGGAGCCCAUCACCGCAUUAUUAGCGCAAUCGACGUCGUGGCGUUGGAACGAGCGCGAGCAGCAGGCCUUCGACACCGUCAAGUCCCUCGUGCCAGCAACACUGCGACCGAUCGACGGCGCUAAGGUCACCUCCGGCGAGCACAAAAUCUACUUGUUCACCGAUGCCAGUCGUGUUGGCAUUGGCGCUUGCCUGGCCUCGGGCCCCACUCGUUCGCAGGCCAUUCCUACGCGAUUCUUCUCCGCUAAGUUCAAUGGCGCUCAGCUCAAUUAUCACGUCACUGAUAAGGAGUUCUUAGCCGUCGUUUCGGCGUGUCGGGCGUUCGAGCAGCACUUGAUCGGUUACCCCUUCGUCAUCGUCACCGACCACCAAGCCCUUCGCACGAUUAAAACGCAGAAGUUACGCCAAACACCCCGGCACAUCCGCAUGUGUCUCGAACUCAGCCGUUUCGACUUCGAAUUCGAAUUCAUUGCGGGCAAGAACAACUCCCUUGCCGAUUCGUUGUCACGCUUGUGGGAAGUCAAGGAGGGAUCGCCCGAGGAUCAGGUCAAGGAGAAUGAGUUGGAGGAUAUGUUCUUUGAUGGAGAACGCCACGGAUUCACUACACACGGUGAGAGCCUCCCUGAGGAACGUCCUUACACCUCACCAUCUCCCGAUCGGUUGCCUCCUGUUGAUUUUGCCUUCGGGCCCCAACGCGACGAUUGCGAGGCAGGCUCUCCCGGAUACUACGCGCUCAAGGACGAAUCGCAAGACGAGGACGUGAAUGGACGGGAUUUAGGGAAUUUGUUCUUGAAGGAAGAAUGCCACGAGUUCACUACACCUGGUGAGAGCCUCCCUGAGGAACGUCCUUACACCUCACCUUCGCACGAUCGGUUGCCCCCUGUUGAUUGUGCCUUCGGGCCCUGGGAUCACGGCUACGACGCAGGCUCUCCCGGUUCCCAUCGUCUGGCCGAGAACAUUAUGGACGCCGUCGACUCUUCUACCGGCCCCCUUUCUCCUCCCAUCGCCGUCAAUCGAGUUCAUGCUAUCGCCGCGGCCCCCGCCAACGACGCGCCCAUUCCAGUCGAUGCCGACGCCGAUGAACUCGACUUACUGGGAGCCGCCGCCGAUGAGGUCAACGACGCCCCUGUAGUCCAUCGACCGCCCGACCCGCUGCCGCAACCUUUCCUCGACGCCGUCAUCCGAGCCUACGCCCACGAUUCGCAAGCCCAAGUCAUUGUUGACGACCCGCUGUCAUGGCCGAUGUUUCGGGUGACCGAGGAAGGGAGGAUCUUGCGUGUACAUCCAGAUGAGUCUCUUUCCCUGUUUGUGCCUCGCGGUCUCGCUACCGGCGUUGUCGACUCCGACAAGCUCCCAUCGCUGCGCGAGCUCGUGCUUUCGGAGAUCCAUCGGAGCGUCGGGCACGCGGGACAUCGCAUCACCUUGGCCGCCAUACGUCCUUUGUAUUGGUGGUCGUCCAUGUCUGCCGAUUGCGCCAAGUUCUGCCAUUCAUGCGAAGAUUGUGCCCGAGGCAAAGCGUCCACUCAAGUCCCUUAUGGCCGACUGCAUCCGAUGCCGAUCCCUUCUGGCCCAUGGGAACAAGUGGCCAUCGACUUCAUGACGGGACUGCCUCCGGUCGAGUUCGAAGGGAUGAUGGUCGCUCAAAUCAUGGUGGUCACUGACACUUGGGGCAAGAUGGUCCACCUGAUUCCCCUCCCAGCCGACGCCGACUCCGAGCUCGUUGCCGACAGGUACUACGCCACCAUCUUUCGACUGCAUGGGACGCCUUCCGCCAUCGUUUCCGAUCGCGAUCCCAAGUUCACCUCGCAGUUUUGGCGAGCAUUGCAGGCGAAGGUCGGCACCGUCUUGCGGAUGUCAACAGCGGCGCACCCAGAGACCGACGGAUCGAGUGAGAACCGAAUCAAGAUGGUCACCCAAACCCUGCGCAUCAUGGUGUCGUCAAACCACGAGGCUUGGGCAUCUCGUCUUGUUGAAGCUGAGUUCGCUCUUAACUCUUCCGUUGCGGUUUCCACGUCUCUGUCGGCUUUCGAGGCGACUUACGGUUACCUUCCUCGACGCUGGCCCACCGAUUCCUGGUCUGUCUCGGACGUCCCGCGUGCGGAAGCGUUUGCCCGAAUCCGACAGUUACGGAAUCUCGACGUCACGGAUGCGAUCAUUGGUGCACGCCUCGAUCAGACUCACCAGGCCAACAAGCAUCGACGCCCGGAUGAUCCCGCCUUUCGGACCGGCAGUUAUGUCUAUCUUUCGACCAAGAACCUGGCAGUUCCUGAAGGGAUGAAGUCGAAGUUGUUGCCGCGCUACAUUGGUCCUUUCCGUAUCCGAGCGGCCAUUCCAGCGACGUCCAGUUACGACCUCGAGCUUCCCCCAGCAAUGUCGCGAGUGCACAGUCGCUUCCAUGCUCGACUGCUUCGCCCCUAUGUUGAGAACGAUGCUGAGAGGUUCCCUGGGCGUGACCCCGCAGUUCUUUUUGUUGAAGAUGUAGCCGACGCGGCCGACAACUCCGCCAUUCCGGAACGGAUUGUUCGCGAUCGUCGGAACGCUCGGGGCAAUCGUUCGUUCUUGGUUCGAUGGAUUGGCCGUAAGGACAUCGAUGACACUUGGAUGUCAGAGCAGUCCCUCCGCUUCGACCAUCCAUCCUUACUCGACGCCUACCUGGCACAACUCGAUCGCUCAAAUCGCCGCCUGUCCUCCCGGUAG